AAGAAUUUAAAGAAUUUGAUCUUUUUAUUAAUAAGUUUAUCGCAAUAAUGAGCAAUCCAAAACGUACGAUUUCAUCAAUUAUAAACAACGCUAAGUCGAGAGAUUAUUUCGAGACCAAAAUAGGAAGAAGUUUCGAUAAUAAUAGGAUAAAGUUUUUAUCACCUAGGAAUAACAAAGGAUAUUGUCAAGCCUUCGAUAUUAAGACUUGUGGAUUGGAGUGUCGAAUAAAGUCAUAUAUGACUUAUCCACUAUGCGCGAAGCAUGAUAGACCUAAGUUUGUCGCUGCAAUUCACGCCAAAGAAUACUUGAGCUCCAUGCCUAUAUACUCAUCUUUGUCUGACGAAUUCAUAAACGAUUUAUCAACUUAUUUUACUGAACGGUGUCUCGAUCUUAAGCGUCCUAUUGAAGAAGGCAUGUUUUACGUUAUGCAUAGAGUUGAUAUUGAAAAUCACCCGGAACUUUUUAAAAUUGGUCUCGAUAUUGCUGACGAAAAUUGUGAUUUUGAAGAUCGUAUCUCAAAACAUGAGGAAGGCUUUUGCAGAGCGGUUUUCGCAGAAGGAUAUGUUACUCCUAUCCAUUCUGAUUGCCGUUUAGUUGACGGAGUAAUUAAAAAACUGUUGGCCGCAUCACGAGUUGAAUUUAAAUGUAAUUGUACCACUAAACAUAUCGAAUAUUAUGAUGUUACGGCAUUAUCUGUAUUUGAACGUGUUGAAAAUUGGAUUUGUAAUAAUCCGACGGGUCCAAUAACAGAAAGGAUCCAGAAUACAAUGUCCCUUUCCCACACUUAGUUCCUUACAUU